AUGCUCCAGGAGAAGCACACAGUUGAUUUUGGGUCCUACGCGGGAGGCAGCGCCCCUGCGAAGCCUACAGACUCCUUCUUCCUGCAAUUCUUUCUCAACUUCUUCAGCAUUGUCGGCAAGCCGGGCAGCCCUAUUAUCAGGAGCGACAGGCCUGUCUUCGACAACAUCAAGUUCUCCCUCGAGAGAUACGCAGCGCCCUAUAGCGCUAAGCACCGACGCCACGAGCCAGCCUUCCACGCGUACGACUACAGGGCGAAUAUUGAGAUCCAGAUCAGCGAUAAUAUAUAUAACCUCCCACAGGAACAGCAUAUAUACCAUAAAGGGGAAGAAGAGGAAGAGGAGGAGGAGGAGGAGGAGGAGGAGGAGGAGGAGGAGGAGGAGGAUAAUAGAGAUGAAAACGUCCAGCAGGGGGUCUAA